AUGCAGCUUCGACUAAAAAAUUAUCCAAUACUCGUUACAAAAACUUGUUUUGGGAUAGCAAAUAUUAUAUGUUGCAUUGUUUUUCUUCGGUUGCUUUCUCAACUUAGUGGGGAAGCUAUUAAAAAAUUGGUAGGGAAAUUGCGAUCCUUCCGAUAAUAACCUAAAUCUGUUUAUAGGACAAC